AACAUUCCCGUGAAGUCUUGCAAACUUGGCCAUGAGUUACCGCGGUACAAAACCACUUCCAGGCGGUCAGGGCAGACGAGCCGAGGCGGAUACUCCUGCAUCACUCACCCCAGGCUCAAUGCUAGCUCCUACGGUUGAUUACGGAGAGGUUAACAGUCUCGGUUUCCCUAUAGCCAUCAGUCGACAAGCCGACAUCCAGGAAGGACUAGGGGACAUUGCAUCACGUCUCAAUAGGGCACUGGGUCAGUACGAAAAUGUUUUUGACGACGAUGAUGAGGUGAGCAAGGAUGCAGACUGGACUGUUGAUGGGCAAGCUGACGGCCGCAGGAUGGGGGCACGAGAUGAGAAGAGAGAAUUUCAGGCUCGAUAUGAGACUAUCACUGCACGGGUAGACGCCAUGGAACGAGAGCGAACAGAGUUGAUGAACUCAAUGGCACAGUGGCUGGAAGCAGAACCAGUGCAGUGGAUACCAACUGCAGAUACGGGCGCAAUCACAGACGAUACCCCUCAAAAGGAUGGCUCCAUCAGAGAUCAAUUAUUGAAAACCAAGAUGGGAUUCGAGCAGUUGAAGCAGAUGAAUCACGAAAAGGAACGUCUUGAUAACCAAGGACAAGACACGGGACAUCUGCAGGAAGCGUCCUCCAAUCUCCAGAUGAAAGUCAUCACAAAGUUCAAGAAAUUGUACGAAACAAAGAAGUUGGCGGCAACUCGACGGAGUUUUGGAACGCAUUGGAAACACGCGUCGGAGGAGAUCGUGGGGCUACUACGGCGCAUUCGAUCGGAGGGAACGGACAACAUCGAUGCUUUGGAGGAGCAACUGGAAAAGGCGAUGAAUGCAAUACAGCGACAAUCAGAAGAAAUGAUGAGGCUUGAAGGGCAAAUACGAGAAAAGGAAGAGAUGGUGGAGAAGUGGUCCAAGGACAACGUCAAGCUGACCAAUGACAACCUGUUGCUGAACUCAGAAAAGGAGAAAUGCCGCGAUAUGAUCAAGAAGUUGAAAAAGGCUUUGAUCGAAGAGCGACGUAAGAAAGGCAAGCCCACGACAGAAGAAGACGUGGAGAAUAUAGCUGAAGGGAAAGCGAUAAAAAAACAGACACCUGACAUCCAGCAACAAACACAGCGGGGCUUCAGACGAGUUGCCGCGGGCCGGGACGUCAAAAGAGACAACGUGCUAUGCCAGAUUUGCCGCCGGCGUGUUGAGAGUGGCAUGAGGCCGGAGCGUGCCGCGCAGGACCCGGUCAGGUCGGCCGAGACUAGGGAAGGACUGGGGGAGGGGAGGGGCGAGGGUGCUAAUGAGGCGAUCACUGAAGAUCUGGUGGCAUUACAGGAGGAGAAUGAUUGGUUGGCUGCCAGAGUCGCUCACUUGGAGCAGAAACUUAUCGAAAAGGAGACCCAAAUGAUGAAACUGGAGUUCCAGUUAUCCGAAAUGAUGGAAGCCAUUCAGACCUCAUCUCCACACAUUAUCCAGACACUGUCCUUGACAGACCCAACAUCUCUGAGUUCCUUGGUUCGUGUCACUAGGGACACGUCUCAAACAGGCAGCACUAGGCAGACAGAGGGAAAUCCAUCAACUGAGGACUCUGACGGACAAGGUUUCAGCCAAAAACCAACUUCUGGCAAAAAGACCUCCAAUCUCGUCGUUCCUCGCGUGAUCAAACCAUCCUCCAAGAAGACAGUCAAGCGACGUGCUGGUGAGCAACAGCCCAUCACACAGCCACCAAGCCAGUCUAAUCUUGCGCAGCCCGCUGAAAUCUCACUGCUAACAGAGGAACGUAACAAGCUACAAGAGGAACUGGUUCAGGUCAAAGGUCAACUAAUGCGGGCACAGAGAGAGCUGAUAACCCUCAAGUAUGCCUCCAGUGCCCCGCCGGUGUCGAUGGGGACAGGUGGACCACGACAGGGGAGAGCGGGAACCGGGGAACGAUCCAGUCAAGAAGUAUCUGCGGAUAGUGACAACAAUCUGUCGACAACUAAGAUGCAAGCCGAAACAACCACGGCACAAGAAAAACAAGCCCAACACAGAGCCAAGCCCGUCGUAAAAUACGACGAUGAAUUUGAGGCUUACGCGGAACUCAUCAGUAAGGAUCAGGUCAGUCGACCGUCCCGUAGGAUGAGUCGGCCGUACCCUAGUCAGACCGAGGGAGGCAAGCAGCAAGGCCCGGUGGCCAGGGUAGGGGAACAGAAAGGGGGUCAUGAGAAACAAGUGCCACUCCAAAUGGAAGACUACAUCACUUUUGACCAGGGAAUGCAGACAGACCCACAGAUGGAUCCUCUUGGUCAAUGGUCCAACGUACCAUCACUGAAGAAGCGGAAAACGGACCAUCAACCAAUCCUGGACACACCCAGCGAUCAAGUGCCCAUCGCCCAACCACCCACGGAAUGGACCCACUUUGACCCCACUGGACCUAUUACACCUGCUACUGAUAACAAGAGAGCCAGUAUCUCCCUACAGAUGCGUGCUGGGCAGAAACCUGCAAGUCUAGACACUGGAGGCAUCGUGGAAUAUGUGGAUAGAGAACUUGGCCGUAUCAUUCAAGGCAUCAACGGCUUCACGUCCUACCUCAAGCGACUGAUCCAACGUGAAGUAACCGAUAUGAUCACUACAAACCAAGACAUUCGCAGACGCCUGUCGGAAGUCACGCUUCAAAAACUGGACCAGGGAGUGAAGGACAGCACUCAUCCAUCCGCUGAAACCAGCAGGAGGAGCAGGGCCCUGGCCACUCCCAUCCAUAGAGGGCGCUUUGAAGUCAUCAAGGAUCAUAAACCAUCCAAGUUUGCCACAAAGAACGCAUUUGCGUCUCUUCAGUCAGGAGGCAGAAAAUUUUACCACUCGGCGUCGCCAAUCCCUCCAUGGAACAUAUAUUCGAAAACGCCGACCCCUUUGCCUGCUGACUACAUGAACAUGAGCACCUUUGCCCACGAUCACAUCACGAUGGCCGAUGAGGUGGCAAUGGAGAGGUACCUAGCAAGCCCGCACGAUACCAUCUGCUCCCGACUGCAGCAUCAGAUUGACAUGAUUGGGCAACACGCCAUAGAUGUGCUGAAGGGGACCACGGUUUUCUUCAAGGAAACUGUCACACGUCAGAUGGAGGAAUACAACACACUCCACGGUGCCUUCAGUAUACGACAGGAGCUGAAAACUCUCAUGGCACCCUCAACGACACCCACUGAAAGUAAAGAUGGCACAAUGGAGUCAGGAAACGGGGAGACUCAGGCAGAUGUUACAAGUGAUCAUGCCCAACUCCUUUAUCAAGAUCCUCCGCUCAAACUGGCAAGAUCCACCUCUCACAACAGCUUCCUUGAGUCUCGCAACAUCAAGUAUGUCCAGGAGAAGAAACACAUAGACUUUGAUUUCCAGAAACAUCCCAAAGUAUAUCCCUUGGGAACACAAUCACUCAGCUCCAUGCAGAGUUCCCAUUGCUACUUGCCAGCCCUCGCUCUCUAUGACAAACAAACACCACGGAAUAGAUACGAGAUGAAAGUACCAAAAGCCACGCUGCCACGCCGAGGCCUUGUCACUCUGCAGGUCAAGGAGGCUGCUGUGAAAAUGGACGCUAAAGGAGUUGAUACCAAACGUCGUUCCCGCCCGGUUGCCAUUUCCCACCGUGGGCUUCAGUCCCAUCAACGAGAGAUCUUAGCCAAACAGGGGACGGCACAGGACAGAGGGGAGCAGGAUGAAGAACCUCGGACUACAACCUUGGAACUAAAACGGCAAAUUCUACAACUGCAGGCUAAUCAGCUCUACCAAGCCGCUGAUCAGAGCAGCUUACCCACAGGGGACCCGGAUACCGAUGCCAGAAAGACCCUACCCCUGCUGGAGAACGAACGACGACGUGUCAUCAUCCAUGCACAGGACCAACUGCGUGAUACAGUGCAACGAUGGGAUAAAUAUGCAGGGCUUCUUUCUGAUGGGCGUGGUCCUGAAUAAUGCUCAUCAAUUUAAAUAACAUAAAUAAGCUAAACUAAACCUCACAGUUAGUAUAAUGACA